GGACAAGCGGUACAAUGUGCCGCUGGCGCCGGAGCUGGGGCUGUUCCUGGUGGAGUGCAUGUUCCCCGCGUACAACAAGUGGGCUGCCUCGCACCCGCUCGUCACACUGGAGCCCUUCAGAGAGGCGGCGGAGAGGUUCAAGGAGGAGGUGGUGUACCCGCACAUUGUGAGCACCGACCGCAAGAGCCACUUGUUUGCCACGUGGCUGUCCAACCUCAACGACCGCAACUACCCAGACUUUGUGCUCGCGAGAGCUGAGGCCAAGGGUCUGCUGGGUGGCGGUGGGACUGGAGAGACACCGGACGUGUGA